CAGAUGUCACCCCUGCUCCAAUGCUCGCUCCUUCUGCGUCGCUGCCGAUGCCUCCUGGGCCCUCCGUACUGCCACUGUCUUCAGCAGCUGCCUCGCUGCCUCGUCAGGCUGCUGCCGUCAUCCCUGUACCGGUCACAAACCCUGUUCCACCAACGCAGUACAUGAAUGCUUCGCAGCAGUGGCUUGAGCUGCUAUCAAAGUUUCCGAAGGCGCUGCUGGAGCGACACCAGUGGGAGUGGCGAGACAAUCGCUGGCUGCCUGUGUACAGGUACCAGAAGGUUGACAAGAUCACUGACUUCUGGACAGAGCAUGCAGACGGUCUCAACGGGCACCUUUCAACACGUGCGCUCGAUGAGCAAUGGGGCGCUACAUGGAGGCGCAACGAAGGUGGCCUCAAGACUGAGCACGGGCGACGCAAGAAAGUCGUCCUUCUCUUCAGUCGCUUGAUGGAGGCAAAGCCACGGUGGACAGUGCACCACGUGGUCAAUUUUGUGCACGAGCACUACUCGCAAUAUCAGUCGAAGCCGAACAUGUUUCCGCGCUUCUUAGCAGACCAUGGUAACGCCGGUUUGAAAGAGGUACUCGCAAAGGCAGGGUUGUCGUACACAGGGUGUUAGCAGCUGACAAUUGUCAUGGCUUAUCGUAUAGUAAACUUGCUCGUAGUUGUACUUAACAGCUGUGCUUAAUGGUUGCAGUGACUAAUAACAAACGUGUUCAA